AUGCAGAUAUUAGUACAAUCUGACAUCGAUAUCCCAAUUCACAUUCGGAGCACUGUCGAUGCGAGAAGUGCAAAGUUGGAAGAGCAAUUAGUCAAAGAACAUCGAUCGUCAGUCAAACAUGUGAAACGCAAUAACACAAACCAGAUCGAUGUCGGCCUGACCGUCAGUGAGGAUCGCACGUCAAAUUCAGGGACACGUCUUCGGUCAAGACAGCAGUCGUCCGCUCUUUUUAACGAUAACGAGAACGAUAAUGACGAAAUUAUGGAUAAAGAGAAUAGGGAUUUGCGCGGAAGAAGCAUUUACAAAUUCCAGGCAAAUUUAAGAAAAUCUGUCAAUACCAUGAUGAAGAGAGCAACAUCAGCUAUUACAGAAGCUGAUAUAGAAGAUCAAAAUCUAUCAGAGGAAGUAACAGAAUCAUUAACAGUUAGGAGAUCGGCAAGAACCAAAAAAUCAACGAAAAAGAAGCAAGAAAUGGAGCAGGCUUCUUCGAAGAAGCGAGCGAUUGAUCAUACGAAACGACGAAAAUUCUUAAGACAAGUUGAAUUAAUGAGAAACGAUAGAGCUAAUUCAGCUGAUGAAGAGGAAGAAGACGAAAUGUUUGAAGACGACGAAGAUGAUGAGCAACAUUCUCAUCCAACCGAUAAAAUGGAUAUAGACGAAGAUGAAGAUGAAGAUGGUACAACAGGAGGAAAGAGUUCAGCUACCUUUGAAAAAGAGGGUUAUGAGCGUUACUUUCAAGAUUUACAUUAUACAGCAAAAACUUCGAAUAAUACACUGUCGAAAUUGCAAAUCUUAGAACCACAGCAAUUCAAAGAUAUUUUAGAGAAGGCUCCUUCCAAACAUAAGGAGGAAGUUCUUACUUUAUCCAACAUGCAUAGGCAAUUUUUUUCACAGUGGUACUUUGAGCUUCACUCGGGGUUUAAUCUCUUAUUCUAUGGUUACGGUUCCAAACGUAAUUUAUUAAACGAGUUUGCUCAAACCUGCUUGACAGAAGGACCGUUGAUCGUGGUGAAUGGUUUUUUCCCAUCUGUUUCCAUAAAAGAUAUCUUACUGAAAAUCACGGCUGGCGCCCUGGAGCUCACCGGUCCUACAGGUUCUUUGCAAGAUCAUAUUCAAUUUAUCUGUGACUAUUUUGCAGAAGACAAUCGGGAGUAUGAGUGUCUGUAUAUUUUGAUACAUAAUCUAGAUGGUGCUAAUCUCCGUAAUGAAAGGACGCAGGCUGCUUUAUCUAUGCUUGCUAGUGCCACUAAUAUCCAUGUCAUCGCUUCCGUCGAUCAUAUCAAUACUGGUCUCUUAUGGGAUAAUGUAAAGUCAACAAGAUUUAACUGGAUUUGGCAUGAUGCAACCACUUUUGAUAAUUAUUUGGUGGAAACUAGCUUUGAGAACUCUCUGUUGGUGCGAUCUAGUGAAGUGGGUGGCGCAAGAGGCGCGAAAUAUGUCUUGGACUCACUCACGACAAACGCUCGUGGUGUGUUCAAGAUAUUGGCUGAGCAUCAACUCCAAGAAAUGGCAGAGAGUAAUAUGGAGGGUCGUGGCAACGAGACAGUCGGUUUGACUUAUGGUCAAUAUUAUCAAAAAUGUAGAGACCAAUUCUUUGUGUCUAGUGAUUUGGCAUUAAGAACAGAGCUGACGGAAUUUAGAGACCAUAAACUGAUAUCAACGAAAAAGGCAUUGGAUGGUACAGAAAUUUUCUAUAUACCCUUGGAUCAAAAUACUCUAACUGGUCUAGUUGAACAAUUGAAUUAAAAGAGUCAGGAUAAUACAAUUGACAAUUUGUAAAUAAUAUUCCAUUCUUAUGUAUUUGACUCGAUAAGAAUAAUAAACUGCCCCUUCUUCCAGCG